AUGUAUGUUUGGGUAAAAUCUGUAGUGUACCUUGCAAUCUUUGGCGGCGUCGGAUACGGCCUGCUGGAGCUGACGACACCGAGCGAGGAUAAGCUAAAGCAGUUCCGCCAGCCGGGCCUGGAAGCGGAGGAAAAGGGCAAGAAGGCACUGUUUAUGAAGAAGAUCCAGGAGGCUAGCCGCGAGGAGCCAAUUUAUCUGAAGAAAAAGAGCGACUAAAUACCGUCACACUCACACACACAUACCCGCGUAACACACGCACACACAAUGGAGGAACUGAUCGACGGUGGUGCGCUGAACGGCAAGGAGAAGAUUACGGAACUGCUGAACCGACGGCACAAGGAGCGGGAACUGCACAUACAGGCAGCGAAGCUGGAACGACA